GUGAGUCUAUGAUAUUUUAUUAGUAACGGUUUAUUAGUUUAAAAGCGUGUCCAAGUAAUAUAAUAAACUGUUCAAAUAAUGAUUUUGUUUUCGCUGGCUACUAAUAUCACAUAAAUGAGGCGACGCGCCGGGCCCUCUGCGUCGCAUGCGAGACCACGUGCGGAAACUUUAAUUCGACAUUUGAAUGUUGAACAGACAACACGCGACAUGUCUUCCCCCACUGACUCUCGAAAAGUGAAAAAAAGGAAAUUGUCUAUUGAAACAUGUGAAAAACAGGAUUCACCCAUUUUCUUGAAUUCUAUUAAGUCACUGCCCGAUGAAGAGAAUGUUCAUUGCCUCAGUCUUCGUCAAUUAAUUGGCAGUAAGAAUCUCCGUGAGACAUGGCAAUUCAAUUUUUGCAUCGAUCUUGGUUUCAUCGUGGAAAACAUGCAUCCAAGUGUCCUUAAACAAGUAAAAGUUCAUGUCACACACGGUUAUUCAUAUGACUCACCAAGAAUGGAUGUCCUGCGACAACAAAAGACUCGUCUCCCUAUGGAUAUAGAAUUACACAGUGUGUAUGUUCCGCAAUGGGGAACUCAUCAUUCCAAAAUUAUGGUCAAUUUCUUUGCAGAUGAUUCGUGCCAAGUAGUGAUACACACAGCGAACAUGAUUCAAAUGGAUUGGGAGGGAAUGUCACAAGCAAUAUACAAAACGCCUCUACUUUGGCGGAAAACAGUCGAACGGGAGGGACCACCCUCGGUUGGCGACCGUUUCCAAAAAGACUUUUGCUCAUAUCUGUCUCAUUAUAAGCACUGUGCCAAACUCAUCUGCAAAUUACAGCGAUAUGAUUUUACUUCCGUAAAAGCCAUAUUCAUUUCAUCGGUACCAGGAAAGUUUGGAGGGGAUAAGCUCGAUUCUUGGGGUCACAAUCGUCUGGAAAAGGAAUUGGCAGCCAUCGAGUCCAUGGCAGAGUUUAUGGGUCCCCGAAACAAGUUCCAGGACAGCGACAUUUGUGUAUCCCAGUGUAGCUCCAUGGGAUCAUUUGGCGCCCGACAGGCAUUCUUGAAGGAGCACACAAAGGCGUUACAUUGUGACCUCACCCAUUGGAAGUUGAUAUUUCCAACUGUUACCGAUGUACGGGAUUCACUGCUUGGUUGGCAUUCUGGUUCUUCCAUUCAUUUUAAUGUUACAGCGAGAGGUGCUCCAGCACAAGUGGAAGAACUCGUCAGACACAAUCAGUUAUGUAAAUGGAAAGCAAUGAAAUCGGGACGUCAGCGCAUUGCUCCCCAUGUGAAGACUUACAUGCGUCUAAACGACGAAGGUACUUUAAUCCGAUGGGUUCUACUUACGAGUGCGAACUUAAGCAAGCCAGCUUGGGGUACCCUGGAGGGUGUUGCUGCGAAUUCUAAGACGGAGCAUGGGUUACGAAUCCGUUCCUAUGAAGCGGGUGUUCUACUACAUCCGGGUUUAUUUGCUGAUGACUCAAACAGUGCUUGCGCGUUUUUUCCCGUUUACAAAUCCAAUUCGCUCAAAUCCCCCAACUUUGACUUUCCACUAAGCGUCGCUAUACGUAUGCCUUGGGAUUUCCCCCCACAGCCUUAUGGUGACAAGGAUGACAUUUGGUCUCCGUCAAUUCCGCGUAAUGAGACAGAUUGGUUGGGUUCGAAAUGGCCACCAACGGACUAUUCAUAGGUUUCCCCAACUCGGAAAGAUGCUCUUGUUUGAUUUCUCUACAUCCACAGUUAGCUCCUCAUCGGCAACUUCAUUACUGGAUCCAAUCCAUUCGGCGCACGUGUUCCAAAAACCAGAUUCGCUUUUCCGGAAUUAAUGUCGCAAAGUUUCGGGUAUGCAUUAACUCCUGACGGUCUAAUGACAUCAAGUCUGAGGCAAUUUUAAAACAAGUCAGACAGGAUAAUUCGAAAUGAGUUACCUUCUACAUUUUCUUUCAAUUGUUACGAGGAAUACUAU